AUGGCGACCUUUACACAAUUGACCCGGCGACCGGGCUCCUUGAGGUCGCUGAUGAAGUCGGAAUCGAUUAUCCAGUCUCAACUCAGUCGCCGAUCAAUCUCGACCGCAUAUUCCGCGAAGCCGGAACCUGUGCCUCUCCCUGCGAAUCUCCCGGCUCAAUUCCUCCGUCAAUUACCUGAGCGCCUCAGACCUCGUGAGCCCAAGAAGAUCAAGGUCAUCGCCCCUCCUCCGUCCGCUUGCAAGAAAUGCCCGGAUCCUUUAGCCGCAGUAAGAGAGGCGCAGUUAGCGGUUCUCGACCCGACCGGCGAGCGUAGAGCGCUCUUUGACUACCGGCGGAGCGAACGAAGUGCGAAAGUCGGUGAUAUCCUACGAGUGACGUUCAAGAACGGCGACCCAUUUAAUGGCGUUUGCCUGAGUAUCAAGCUAGACGGCAUUGACACCUCAUUCUUGCUACGAAAUGAGCUUACGAAAGUUGGAGUCGAAAUGUCAAUCAAGGCUUUCAGCCCGAAUGUGGAAAGCGUCGAGAUAGUCAAGAGAACAGAGAAGAGGAAGAGGAGAGCGCGGUUGUAUUACAUGAGAAAACCCAAGCACGACAUGCGCAGCGUCGAGAACAUUGUGACACAGUACCUUCGACAGAAGUCCGCCCUUACUGGGCAGAGAUCCUCCGGCAAGAAGAGGUGA